UGUCUUAUAUAGUUCGCGUGAGUUAGGAACGAGACCCGGAGGGUUUGAAGGAUAUAGACGUGACAGAAAAAUCUCUGUUUUAAAGAAUUUGAGAAUGGUUAGAGUUAUAGACGAAGCUUGAAACUGUUUUUAUUUGCUCGCGCACUGAAUGCGUAUGUAGGCAGAGCUUGGCGAUUAUUCUUCUUUACACGUGAGACUCUUGGUAAGUGGACUACAGUGGUUUUACAAAAUGGCUGCUUCUGGCAAUGCGGAGAACAACAGUGAGCUAAGAAUAUUUGGAGGUUUGGAUGAUCUGGCAACUGAUUUGGCCGAGUACAUUGCACAAUUAUCAGAGGACUCUGUCAAGGAGAGGGGAUUUUUCACUAUUGCUUUAACUGGUGGAUCACUAAUCUAUUUGAUAAGAAAGCUUUCUGAAGCACCUUACAACAAGACUGUCGACUGGGCAAAAUGGUAUGUUUUCUGGGCCGAUGAGCGGGCGGUGGCGAAGAAUCAUGUUGCUAGCAACUACAAGCUUACAAAGGAUGGGUUCCUCUCCAAGGUUUCCAUCCUCAAUAGCCAUAUUUACUCUAUCAAUGACAAUUUGACUGUGGAGGAAGCUGCUCGGGAAUACGAAUUUGCGAUCCGGCAACUAGUUAGGAUGCGCACAAUUGAUGUUUCUGAGCACAAUGACUGCCCCAAAUUCGACCUCAUCCUCCUUGAAUUGGGCUCUGAUGGACAUAUUGCAUCUCUAUUUCCUCACCACAAAACUCUUGAGCGCAAGGAAGACUGGGUCACCUACAUCACUGAUUCACCAGAGUCCCCACCUGAAAGGAUCACCUUCUCAAUUCCAGUGAUCAAUUCGGCUUCAAAUGUUGCCAUUGUGGCAGUAGGAACUGACAAGGCCAUGGCUGUGCAGUUUGCUGUUGAUCUCAACACUAGUUUUGAUGCCUUUAAGUUGCCAGCCAGGUUGGUGAACCCAAAUGAAGGGAAGCUGGUGUGGUUCAUGGACAAACCGGCGGCCUCGUUCCUCGACUCUGCCGAUGAAAGCUAGCAUUUAGAAAUUAAACUGUUUUGUGUAUGUUCAGUAUGUAGAUGAGUAGGGUGGGUAUGAUUCAGUUAGUUCUUUUGUUUGGCCUUCUUGAGCUAUAAUGUGAAGAGAGCUGUGUUGAGGAGGUGAUGGUAAAUCAGUAGAUGAGUAAGGAGGAUUAAUAAGCCAGGUUUAGCACAAAGGCAUAGAGCAACUUUUUGGCUGGAGGGAAGUAUUCAUGAAGUGAUUUGAAGGGAAGAUUGUAAGAAUGAAGGGAGAUGUAGGUUGGACAUUGCUUUUAUUUUGUUUUCUUGAUGGAUAUGAUCAAUUCGUGGAAGAAAUUCAGAAUUUCA